ACAAGAAGCUGGUGGUUGAAUUCUCUCAUCAAUGGCGGGAGUUCUACCUUCAUCAAUAUCUCAAUACACACUCUUAUAUUAUUCAAUCGAUAAUUCUAUUUCAAAUUCGAAACCCUAUUCCUCUCUUUCUUCCAUCUGCAACGCCAAAAAGCGCUCCGUCGUAUGCUCUUCAUCCAGAAAGGGAAAACCGGGUUUCUUCGACGUGAUUCUGGACUAUAUCGAAGGGGGGCCCAAGUUGAGGAAAUGGUAUGGGGCACCUGAUCUUAACACAGAAGAUGGAUCCAUUUUGGAGGAAGCUGAUGAAUCUUCAGAAGAAGAUGAAGUUAGGGAUGCAGUUUUGGUAACUGAUGGCGACAAUGAGAUUGGUCAGACAGUUAUACUUUCCUUAAUAAUCAAACGGAUCCGAGUGAAAGCACUAGUGAAGGACAAGCGUGCGGCAAUGGAAUCGUUUGGAACUUAUGUUGAGUCAAUGACUGGAGAUCCAAAGGAUUCUUCAUUUUUAAAGAAGUCCCUUAGAGGCGUUCGUGCGAUAAUUUGUCCCAACGAAGGUUUUCUAUCUAAAGUUGAGAGCUUGAAGGGGGUACAACAUGUGGUUAUAUUAUCUUUGUUGUCUGUUUAUAGAGGUAGUAGUGGUGUUCAAGCAAUCAUGAAUAAUAACGCGAGAAAGCUAGCAGAGCAAGACGAAGCGGUGGUAGUUGCCUCAGGAAUUCCGUACACUAUAAUCAGAACUGGGUUGCUAACGAACGAUCGUGGGGCCAAACUAGGUUUCAGUUUCGAAGAGGGCUGUACAGUAAAUGGAAGUCUUAGCAAGGAAGAUGCUGCAUUCGUAUGCAUUGAAGCUCUUGAUGUAGUGCCAGAAAGAGGACUGGUGUUUGAGGUUGUUAAUGGCGAAGAAAAGAUUCUAAACUGGAAAGACCAGUUAACAAGAUUGAUGGAGCAAGCAUAGGAACGACUUGAGGGACCUCAAUGGCUCCUCAAAUCCAAGUUCCUGUUGCUUACACAGGCCUGCUGGCAUAAAGACGGACAAUGGAGCUAAUCCCGUUGGCUUCAGGUUCAAAGUUAUUUGUUUUGUUCUGUGUUGGUCGGUUCCUGUCAUUGGUCUCCAUGUGAAACUUAUAGAUAAUUAUUUAGCUUCUUUUUAUAUGUUUUAGGAAACUAUUUCCAUUCUCUUCUUAAAUGCUGUAGAUUCUUUGAUUUCUCAUGUUGUCUUUCUCUUUAAGCUAAGGCUUGAUUUGUACAUGUACUCAUCUUGUAUAUCCGUAAGAUAUUUGAUUUCCGUUUUUUUCA